CCACUCGGCUUUUCUUGUAACGCCAGCUGCCUACUAGGAGUAGUACCUUGAAAGCAAUACUGAAAGCCCCCGAGCCAAAGUCAGCCAUGUCGAGCAAGAUCACCUACGAGCGCGUUCCUGCCCAAGACGUCCCGGAAGAUGCGGAACAUACCCCAGCUGAGCAUGACGGUUCACCGCUGCUAGUUUCGGACCUGGAUCAACGGUUACAAAACAGACGAUACUCAACGGCGUGCUGGCUUAUCACGCUCGUGCUUGUGGCCGCCGCCGCAGCCCUGGUAUCAGGAACUGCGGGCUUCACAUGGGGACGACGCGUCGAGAGGGACCGUGCUGAGUCGGACUGGUUUUCGCCGCCUGGACGCAUCGACCACGUUUUCAAAUACCGGUGGCAGUUUUCAGCGAGACCCAGCAACAAUGAGUCGCAGAUCUGGUGGGAUAAGGUGUUUCCACGAGGUCGGGGGUUCAUCCAACACCCCGAGAUUUCCCCCGUACCCCAUGGCCUUGCCGUAUUCCACCAGCUUCACUGCCUUGACGCCAUUCGUCAUGGGUACUAUGCGGCUGUAGAUGGAACUGAGCCGGCCCAUUUUGCAAAGCCCGGCCACAUCCGUCACUGCAUCGACUACCUCCGGCAGUCCAUCAUGUGUAACGCCGACACCAACCUUGAGCCCAUCGACCCCGACCUUGACGGCGUUACUGGGUGGGGCUUCCCAAGAAAGUGCCGGGAUAUCGUGCGGCUCAUCGGCUGGGCCCAGAAGUGGAGGACGCAUAAUCAAACCGGCCAUCACUGAGCAGUGAGCAGUU